CGAUAAGGAGGGGCAACAGCGUGCGACAUCGUCAUCUGAGUUUGAGGAGCUAACCCCACAUUGCUGGUUUAAGAGGUAACAAGUGCCGCAUGCUGCAGAUACCGCCGGCCUUUUUUCUUCUCUGCCUUUCUUCCUGCCUUUCCUCCUGCCGUUCCUGACCUGUAGCUCACUGACGAAUUGCUUUACAUUCACCCAUUUCACCCAUUUCACCCAUUGAGCUCCAUAUUUCGUCGUCGCAAUGUCCGCGGAUACCGUAGGAAAGACAAUUACCUGCAAGGCAGCCGUGGCUUGGGAGGCUGGCAAGGAUCUCGUGGUCGAGGAUAUCGAGGUUGCGCCGCCAAAGGCCCACGAAGUGCGGAUUCAGAUUUACUACACCGGGGUUUGUCAUACCGAUGCAUACACACUGUCUGGUAAAGACCCCGAAGGCGCCUUCCCUAUCGUUCUCGGGCAUGAGGGUGCUGGCAUCGUAGAGUCUGUGGGCGAGGGCGUGACGUCAGUGAAACCAGGAGAUAAUGUUGUUGCACUAUACACUCCCGAAUGCCGCGAAUGUAAAUUCUGCCUCUCUGGAAAGACCAAUCUCUGCGGCAAGAUCCGAGCGACCCAAGGCCGCGGCGUCAUGCCCGAUGGCACAUCACGUUUCAAAUGCAAAGGCAAAGACCUCCUCCACUUCAUGGGCACAUCCACCUUCUCGCAAUACACCGUAGUAGCCGACAUCUCCGUAGUCGCUAUCACCGAUAAAGCGCCCAUGGACCGAACCUGCCUUCUCGGCUGCGGCAUUACAACCGGGUACGGCGCCGCCGUCAUCACGGCUGGAAAAGGUGGAAUUGAAAAGGGCUCUAAUGUUGCUGUCUUUGGCGCUGGCUGCGUCGGUCUCUCGGUCAUCCAGGGCGCCGUAAAGAAUGAGGCAUCUAAGAUAAUUGUCGUCGAUGUCAAUGAUUCUAAAGAGACGUGGGCAAAGAAGUUUGGGGGUACAGAUUUCGUGAACCCGACAAAGUUAGGGAACCAGUCUAUUCAGGAGAAGCUGAUCGAGAUGACGGAUGGUGGUUGUGAUUAUACGUUUGAUUGUACCGGGAAUGUCCAUGUUAUGAGGAGUGCUCUGGAGGCGUGUCAUAAAGGGUGGGGAGAGUCUAUUAUUAUCGGUGUUGCGGCUGCGGGUCAGGAGAUUUCGACGAGACCAUUCCAACUCGUCACCGGUCGCGUCUGGAAGGGCUGCGCAUUCGGCGGUGUUAAAGGCCGAACCCAGCUCCCGGGUCUUGUCGCCGACUACAUGGACGGCAAACUCAAGGUCGAUGAGUUCAUUACGCAUCGCCAGCCGCUAGAGAAGAUUAACCAGGCCUUUGCCGAUAUGAAGGCUGGAGAUUGCAUUCGGUGUGUGGUCAAUAUGAGGGAGUAGAAGUUGUUGGCCGGGGAAUCGGAAAAGAGUUGAAAACUGAGGUGUGAAGGAGUAGGUUGUGAGAGAAGGAAAGCAAUGGGAGACGGAAAAGAGAUGGCCGUGAUUGUGGUGGCGGGUGUGGGAAAUAUGCGAGCGAGAGGAGUUGAGGGAAAUUGUGGAUGAGUGGGCGUUGAAGAGAGGUGAUGAUUAUGCAGAACAAUCUAAUUUAGCAACAAGAAGACUACUCUUCAUCUAUGUAGGUAUCUGUUGGUAAUUCAAAAAGUGCAG